CGCAUUUCAACUCGCAUCCUCGUCGUCCCGUACGAGUUUUUGACGCGAGCGAGUGUUUCGAGAGUUUCGUGGAGUGUCCGAAGUAAAGUAAAUUGUCGGGCGUUCGUGCCAACAUUCGUCGUCAGUCGGAUGUAUUGUGCGAAAUUGUGUCGCGUUUAAACGUGUUUUGCAUCUUCUCCGCUGCCUUAUAUCCGACGCAAAAAGAAGCAUGAAAUAGAUAUCGUAAUGACAAUAGCAUGAGAAAGCAUGAAAUCGAUAUCGUAAUGACAAUUGUUUGAUGAAUUAGUAAAAUUAAUAAAUUAUUUAUUAAUUAUUAAUUAUUAAUUAAUUAAUUAAGUCUUUUGUUUUUCUUCGUGACAACACGUGAAAAAGAAUACAUUGCGAAUACAUGCGCAAAAGUUAUUCAGAGUUAUUCUGCUGAAACAGAUAAAGAAAACGACGUAAUGAAGCUGCUACCAAUCACAAACGUUCCGCAGUUCCGCCAUUCCGCAUCCCAUGUGAGCGCACCCUAACUUUUUCGUCAACACGAUCUGUCGUCUGCAGCUGUCAAAACUAAGCGAUCUCGGAUACGGUAUAACGCACAACAGAUACUAAAAAUUUUACGAGACAAUUAUGUCGUAUCUAACGGGAGGUAGACUGAACAUCGGACUCAUUCAGGAACAAGCACGAAAGCGGCUUCUUUGCCUGCUAGAGAAAUGCGAUGGUCCGAAGGCUAUUAUAUGGGACCAAUCGUUGGCUGGACCGAUUGGUCUUGUCGCCAAGUAUAAUUUGUUGGAGGAAUAUGGUGUCGUAAAGAUGUAUCCGUUGUAUGGCGGGACUUUGACAAUACCGUCUAAUAUUGCUAAUGUCAUAUUCAUCUCGAGACCACAGUUAGAACUCAUGGAUCUGAUAGCUGAGAACGUUCAUGGAGAAGAGGGUAAGAGGCCUCGUAAAGAAUUUCACUUGUUCUUUGUGCCACGCAAGAGUCUGCUUUGUCAAAAGAAGCUCCAGAAUCGUGGUGUCUUUGGUAGUUUCACACUAAUAGAAGAAUUUAAAUGCGAUCUCUUUCCAUUUGAUAACGAUCUACUGUCAAUGGAACUGAGCGGAUCUUUCAAGGAAUUUCACUUGGAAAAUGAUCCCACUUGUCUGUACCAAGUUGCUCAAGCCAUACAAGGCUUACAAAAAUUAUAUGGCAAAAUUUUGAAAGUGACGGGAAGGGGACCAGCUGCCAGCAAGGUUUGGGAAUUACUGGAGAGGCUAAAUAGAGAAGAGGAAGAUACUAAAUCACUGCCUGCUUCUUCUGUUACCAUUGAACACUUAUUAUUAUUGGAUCGAUCUGUAGAUUUGCUCUCACCGUUAGUUACACAAUUGACUUAUGAAGGCUUAAUUGACGAAAUAUAUGGAAUAAAAUACAAUACUGUGCAAUUACCUGCUAGAAAAUUUCAUGAUUCCGACGACUCUCCCACGGCAAUGUCUCUAAACGACAAGGAACAAAUUAUAUUAAAUUCAGGGGAAGAACUUUUUGCUGAGAUCAGAGAUAAAAAUUUUAACGGCGUUGGCCCAGUUCUUAGUAAAAAAGCUAAAGUGAUUUCAUCUCAGUUUGAUGAAAGGCACGGAGAUAAGAGUGUGCAAGAAAUUAAACAGUUUGUUGCAAGAUUACCACAUAUGCUAGCAACAAAACAAUCUUUAGCAAGACACACCACAAUCGCGGAGAUGAUAAAAGAAGUAACCGACUCGAGCAACUUCCUAGAAUCAUUGCAGGUCGAGCAAGAAUUGUUAAAUUGUAUAGACACAGACAAGCCAAAUGCAUACAUCGAAGAUAUGAUAGCGCAGCAACAACCGUUACUCAAAGUUUUACGUCUCCUUUGCAUACAGUCGUUGACGAACUCCGGUUUAAAACCAAAAUUACUGGAUUACUAUAAGAGAGAAAUAAUUCAGACUUAUGGAUUCCAACAUUUGCCAACUAUAUUAAAUCUGGAAAAAGCUGGCUUAUUAAAGCAGCAGCAAUCGGUGCGGCAAUAUGCGGUUCUAAGGAAAACAUUGAGGCUUACUGUCGAGGACGAGAGCGAAAUUGCACCGAAAGAUAUCAGUUACGUACAUUCCAUAUACGCACCGCUGAGCGUGAGACUGGCUGAACAAUUGAUACAACCAAACGGUUGGCAAGGAUUAAACGACGUGAUGGGACUAUUACCAGGUCCUACCGUAAGCAGCGUCCCGUACAAUAUGUCCUCAUUGGCAAGACGAAAUUCUAUUACUAGCGAAGAUUCUAGUUCAGAACCGCCAAAAUUGGUUCUAGUAUUUUUUAUCGGAGGAUGUACUUUUGCCGAGAUAUCUGCUCUUCGCUUUCUGUCGCAACAAGAAGACCUAAAUGUCGAGUUUGUCGUGGGAACUACUAGAUUAAUCAACGGCGACACGUUUCUCACUUCCUUGAUGGAAGAUCUAGAGCGCACGUGAGAAGAGAAACUAAAGAUAUUUAAUACUUUCCAUGUGAUAAAGGAAAACUGUAAAUACUACAUAUUUCUUCCCCAUCUCAUUUUAUUUUAUAUUCACCUAAUUAUAUAUGUAAAAAAUAAGGCGAUUUUUAAAAAAAUCUUGUAGAUGCUAUUUUAAACAUUUUGUACAUAUAUGUAUAUACACGAAAAUACACAGCUGUAAUACACGAGUA